AAGACUAUAGUUACUAGAACAUUACUAGUAGGAUUUUUAAAGCUUUUACCGAUACUAUAUAUUCUUUGGAGGGACAUUUCUAUUAACUACGUAACCCUAUUCCUUAAAUUGAGGAGGGCGGGUAGAAGCGUUAAAUACGAAUUUAUGCUAAUUAUAGUAAAUAGGUUUAUAAAAAUACAAUAUUUUGUUCUUAUAGAAAGAUUAUUAACGGAGGAAUUAAUAGAAAAGUUCAUUAACCAUAUUUAUAUAUUUUACAGCUUCCUAAUUACUAUUAUAUUUAAUAGAGGUAUUUAA